GCUGACUCGGAUAUAAGGAUUCGUUGUAGCGCGGUGCGACAGAUACCUGUAUACAUCACCGGGGGUCAGCUCCAGGACACAUCGCCGCUCACUCUUCGUUCGGCUCUGGGCUAAGGGUCCGCUCUAGACUGUACUAUGCAGCUGUUGUAUCUGUCAUUGCUGUUCGCCGUCCAUUUUUGUUCCUUUGCCAGAGCCAAAUUUGGUUCUUGUUCGGAUUAUGCAGUUCAAGAAAAUUUCACCAUGUCUCAGUAUUUGGGAACAUGGUUUGAAAUUGAGCGAUCUGGUGCUUCUGACAGCAACCCCAGGUGCAUUAUGGAAAAAUACUUAGUAACAAAAGAAAAUAAGGUGGAGCUUCUUACACAGUAUGUUUCGGAAGAUGAUGCUGUAAAACUUCAUCAAGGAGAAAUAAUAUAUCCUAAUAAAUCAAGAAUCCUGCCAAAUUUUACUUCAGAAUUUCAAGAGAAUUCGAGCGGUGGGCCAGAUAUGAAUUGGAACCAAGCCAAACGAUCCCUAUGCACUACUGGGUAUUAGCCACCGAUUAUACAACUUACUCUCUGGUGUACUCGUGCGUCAGUAUUUUGGGAAUUGCACACCAUGAUUAUGUCUGGAUUAUGGGAAGAGAACGGCAGUUAUCACAGAAUGUCACUGAUUACCUGCAUGGAAUCCUGACCACAAAUGACAUCACAGUUGAUUUAACUUCAACCAAUCAGAAAAAUUGCACCAUGAGAAUCUGAUCAGGACCUGUUUAAAAAAAACACUUCAAUCUAGAUAAAAAAUCAACUUGCCUUUAGUUUAUUCCAUUGUAAUUUAUACUAGAGAUAUUCAACCAGAAUUUUACCAAAUCCAUUGAGCUACGAAUUAAGUGUAAUUUAUCAAUCCCCAAACUUCAUGAGUAAUGAACAACUCCAAAGCAUGAGCAUAAACUUCAAUACCACUCAUAUUAAAAGCAUUUCUGAAACUCCAAUCAGUCACCAUUCAAAGUUUAUCCACAAUUCUAACUUAAAAAUGAAACUGAAUAAGCAGAGUAACUAUCUCAGUAGUGCUGAUGAGCGUGAAGUUACCUCAUCAUGCACAUUUGUGCACAGGAGCAAGGUGUUUCCUACUCAGAGUCUUUCUGUUUAUUAUAUUCCAUUCUGCCCCACCACCCCCCAAUUCAUAUUAUUGGACAGGAAAAACCAUGCUCUGGGAACAGCAUUUUUGCAUUAGCUUAUUGAUUUUAUUGUCAUUCUAUCUUUUAGUUUCCUAAUUAUCAGAUUGGUCCUUUGAUUAUUUUAUCAAACAAUGUUUAGUACUUAGAAUUGAUACUCAUUGAGUGUGGGACUUUCUGAAAUAUACAAAUUCAAGAAAUGUUUAGCAUGAAGUGGUAUUUUCAGCAAUAGAAAUGUAAAACUAAUGUUGUGCUUCUUUACCUCCUCAUCUUCAUUGUUAUCAAUAUGAGUGGGAUGAUUUGUUUUUCCAAGAUCGCUGUGAUGCUUUGAAACUUCAUGUGCUUGGUGUGGUAUUCAUGCUUUAGAAUCAACAGAAAAAGGCAGAUAUGCUGGUGUAGUUCAGAACUGAUGGUACGCAGCUGUCGAAAACAUGUUCUGUGAGAUCCAGAUUUGGAGGGCUAAGUUCAUUCUGCUGCUGUUUCUCAGCGGGUUGAGAGCCAUACUUAGGUUUGCUGAGAUUCUUGCAACAGGUUCUGACUGGUGCAGGAUCAGAGGACCCACUGAUUUCAGAUAAGACAUUUAGGAUGCAAAGGGGACAAUAAAUCUCUUCU